ACCACCAUUGCUCAGCCCAGCUGGUGCUGGGGGCACACCAAACACUCGUGCUGCAGGACACAUGGUGAUGAUGCCACAGCUGAACCCCGAGGUCUGUAGCCACCCGUACUGAGCUGUCACAGGCAGCAUCUUCUGGCUCCUGCCUCAUCCCCAAAGGGCUGAGCUGGUGGGGUCCAUGGUGCCCCACUGUGUGCCACAGCAGCAUGUCAGUGAGCGAGGCACAGCACGGGGCAGCCAGGCAAGGUGCUGGGCUGCUGUGGUGCUGCUGGGCUGGGAUCAGCAGGAUGAUGAUUCGGCAUGCUUGGGCAGUGCCCCUGCACCACCGGGCACCCUGGCACCCGUGGCUGGAGCCCUCCUGCCAUGGCGACCCUGAAAGGAGCCCUUUAAGUGGCAAUAACAGCUUCUCCCACUGCCCACAGAUGUUUGGGUUGCUGCCAAUGAUAUCGGCCCACCCUUCCCUCCUUCCCUCCUUCCCGCCCGCCCUCCUCCGGACUGGGACCAGCAGAGCCAGCAGCGCUGCCGUGGGAGCUUCUCUGUUUUCCCAGCACCGCCGCUGUCCCGCAUGCCCAGCCGGGCAACCACUGGGCCAGGACGACCUCGCCACCAGACCGGGUCAGUGAAGGAGUCAGGCAGCCGGGAGAACCCUCCGGGGACUCAGCGAUGCUGGGGCUGCGCCGCAGCCGCUUCGGGACCGGUGAGCAGGGUGGGGGAAAGCCCCAUGGGGCUUUAUCUUCUUGAGGGGCCGGGCCAGCAUGGAGCCAGCCAGCGCCCUUCCCAACAUCUCCAGUAACAGCAGCGGCGCUGGCAGUGCCCCACACUCACCAGCAGCCACGGGACUCAUCUUGCUGGCCGCCCUGUCCGUCCUGCUGGCCACGCUGGUGGGCAACGCUCUGGUGGUGGUGGCCAUCUCCACUAGCCGGGCUCUGCAAGCCCCACAGAACCUCUUCCUUGUGUCCCUGGCCUCGGCAGACAUCCUGGUGGCCAUCCUCGUCCUGCCUUUCUCGCUGGCCAACGAGGUGAUGGGCUACUGGUACUUUGGUGGGCUGUGGUGCAGCCUGUACCUGGCGCUGGACGUGCUGCUCUGCACCGCGUCCAUCGGGCACCUCUGUGCCAUCAGCCUCGACCGCUACUGGGCCGUCACACGGGCGGCACGGCUCAACCUGCGCCGCAGCCCUCGGCGGGUGAAGGCCAUGAUCGGGGCAGUGUGGGCGGCAGCGGCCCUGGUGGCACUGCCACCGCUCCUGCGGCCGCGGCCGGCCGGGCGGGAGUGCCAGCUGAGCCAGGAGACCUGCCCCUCCCUGGAGUAA